UUAUUAAUAAAUCAACCAUUGAAGCCCCGGCCACUUUAAGGCUGACCCAGAUGUUAAACAUGAAAGCAAACAAUUAAGACCAACAGUGCACUGUAGCGGGGAAAAGCUCAGGUAUACCGGACUGAGGAACGGGAGGAAUUCCAGGGAGAUAUCACACUCUGCGUGCACUGUAUUAACACAUCAGCGCGGGUGAAUCCUGAAAAGAAUGAAAUGAAGAUUUGACUCUGAUUGCUUCCAGCAUGAAGACCGGGCGGCUGGUAGCUCGGAUGGCGUGCUGAGAGCGAGUGGGGCCGGUGGCCUCGGGAGGGAAAAAAAAUUACAGUACAAUAAGUGUGUGCGCGAGCGCGGGAAAUCCGGCGGGAUCCGGUUGCUGGGGCUGGAACACCUUUCCUGGCUUUUGCACCUUCAGGUGAGGCGAUGGAAUAAAACUGGAAUCAAUCUCUCUCCCUCGUGCUAUCGCGACAGAACGCAGCCUGACCAAGGCACACACAUAAACCAGCCUUUAAUCUUUGGUGAAAUCAGUGCAGCAUUACUUUUAAAGUGUGUAAGCCUGUGGUGAGAGGUAAAACGAGUGCCAAUGUACGACGACCUUCUUUUUUUUUUUUUUUUGGCUGGCUGCCAAUGCCUUUGUAAUGCUUAUUAGUUCAGAUGAGAAGGACUUGGUCUGAAGUUUGAAUGUGUUCCUCUGCCUGCACUCUCUCACUCGUAUCCUCCUCCUCUUCACGUACAGCAGCAGAGCAGUCGUAGUGUUUCUGAAGCCCUGUCAUCCGUGGUGAGCGCUGUAGUACUCGUCUUCUCCUGACUGUGAGGUUUUCUUCCUCUCUAGGUUGGUCAAUUGAUAUGAAGAGCGAGCCGAGAGGCGACGGUGUCAGCCUGUGACACCCAGAGCAGCGCCGAUCAUUUGUUUGUCCUCUCCUCCUCUGGAUGCUGGUCAUGGCAAUCCCGCUCCAUCACAAAUCACCUGCGAUUGCUCUGCUUCAGAAGAUCCAGACCAGCGAGUUGGACACUUUCGGCAGGCAAACUCUGCAGUUGCCUAUAAGUGGCGAUGGACCUCUGAAUGAAAUCUACGUGGAAAAAAAUCGAGCGGGGACGAUGAAUUACCCGGAGGGUGGUUAUGAGUUUGCAGCCGCUGCCACCUUGUACAACCCAACCAGCCUGGGCUACGCAGCCUCCACCGACUCGCAUGGCUCCAGCAACAUUGGAGGUCUUCACUCCCUCAACAGCAUGUCCCCGAGCCCGCUGGUCUUCUUGCAGACGGCUCCCCAGCUCUCCUCCUUCGUGGCUCACGGGCAACAGGUCCCGUACUACAUGGAGAACGAGCAGAGCAGCUGCAGCAGCUUUGGGCUACGAGAGGGACCCCCUUCGACCUUUUACAGAAUCAACAGCGACAAUCGGCGUCGAGUUAACGACCAUCUCUCCAGCACCAGUGAGCAAAGCAGCCCGUCAACGGGCACCUUGGAAUCCAGUAAGGAAACGCGAUACUGCGCAGUGUGCAGUGAUUACGCCUCAGGCUAUCACUAUGGAGUCUGGUCGUGCGAAGGCUGCAAGGCCUUUUUCAAGAGAAGCAUUCAAGGACACAAUGACUACAUGUGCCCUGCCACCAACCAGUGCACGAUCGACAAAAACAGGAGGAAGAGCUGCCAGGCUUGCAGACUACGUAAAUGCUAUGAAGUGGGCAUGAUGAAAGGUGGUAUCCGUAAAGAUCGUCGGGGCGGCCGGAUGUUGAAGCACAAGCGGAGGAAGGACGAGAAGGAUCACGUCAUCAAAAGUACCGGGAUCGCCGGCCGACCCACUCCCAGCAGCGUGAAUCCGGCACAGAGGAACGCCAAGCAGAACUCGGUGCUGGGAAUGUCGUCGGACGAGAUUCUCAGCACCUUGAUGGAUGCCGAGCCACCCAUGGUUUACUCUGAGCAUGACCCCAGCAAGCCCUUUACCGAAGCAUCCAUGAUGACUUUGCUGACAAACCUGGCCGAUAAGGAACUGGUGCAUAUGAUCAUUUGGGCAAAGAAAGUUCCAGGAUUUGUGGAUUUAACACUACAUGAUCAAGUGCAACUACUGGAAUGCUGCUGGUUAGAAAUUUUGAUGAUUGGCCUUGUCUGGCGCUCCAUGGAACAUCCGGGAAAGCUCAUAUUUGCUCCAGAUUUGGUUUUGGACAGGAAUGAAGGGAAAUAUGUGGAAGGGAUGGUGGAGAUAUUUGACAUGCUCCUAGCCACAGUAUCUCGUUUCCGACUGCUGAAACUCCACUGUGAGGAGUACAUCUGCUUGAAGGCCAUCAUCCUGCUGAAUUCCGGUGUGUUCCCCUUCCUCUCCAGUACCAUGGAGGCUCUGAACAAUGGUGAGCAGAUUCAGAUCAUCUUGGACAAAAUCACUGAUGCUUUGGUUCACUUUAUCACCCGGGCCGGGCUCUCCCUGCAGCAGCAGUCUCGGCGGCUGGCACAACUCCUCCUCCUCCUCUCCCACAUCAGGCACAUGAGCAACAAGGGAAUGGAGCACCUGUACAAUAUGAAGUGUAAAAACGUGGUGCCUCUCUACGAUUUGCUGCUGGAGAUGCUCGACGCCCACCGAAUGCACACGCCAAUGGAGAAGGCACAGCCCGGAGGAGGAACUGGCUCAAGUCCAUUGAAUAGAGGAACCACCUCGUCCACUUCUUCAAUGUCGCUAAAGAAGACUGACGUGACUUUUGAAACAUCCAGAUAGGUAACUGAUCCAUGGUGCGCAGUAUUAACAGAAACCUCCAACAAAAAAAAACACUACCUAUGAUCACAUGCCAAUGAAGCAAAUGCCUCUGCAGCAAAAUUAUAUAGCUUCAGCUUCAUCUAAAUAACUCUAUACCACUACGAAAAAUGCCCUACUGACUGAGAAUUGGGGGUGCGUUAAUGAUGCAGGAACAGGAUGUUAUUUUCCUGCAGUUCUGUAAAUGUUUUGUAAUAUUUCUGAAAAGAUUGGCACAGUUCCAAAUGCUCCUGCCAUCAGUGCAAGCGACGCUCACCAGAACUGUAAGACAAACGCCAAAGGAUUCGUGAUGCAUUGCCUUUUCAACGAGUACUGGGGAAGUGGAGAGGAGUUGGACACUGACGGUUCACCUCAGAAUCCUAGUCAAAUGCUGUGCGAUUUUAGUUUGCUCAUUGUGGGAUGUGAGGGAUUGCAGGCAGUUAGCUGUGGUGGUGAGUCACAGUGCUUGAACCACUGCAGACCACACAGUACGGGAUUUCCCACAGCGCUGUUGAGUAGGGAAUUCCUCGGUUUUUCUUGGCAACAAGAGGUCCUGGGUUUGGAACACACUGUCAAAGAAACCAUGGCCGUUUGUUGCAGUGCAUUUACUAGGUGGUAUAAACCGCAGUCAUGAAUGGUGGUGGUGGAGGGUCCGAAUAUUUUGGGUGGUGGAUGAAUUAUUUCCUACCGGAUGCUGUCAAGCUCCUUGAGUGUCAACGGAGCUGCUAUUAUUCCAUCUUAUUCCUCACUUGUACCUUGCAGGUGAUGGGAAGAUGUUGGGUGUGAACUAGAAUGAUGAUGGAGCAGUCAGCAAUGGUGAUGCCUUUCAAUGUUAGGUGGAGUUACUACGACUCUGUCAUAAUCGGCAUGUUCACUGCUGACACUUCAGUUACUUGUCACUGAUCAGAUCACACCUGAAUCUUUUUAAGAUCCUCCUGGAGUCCGAGAGGCAUCGAGGAUGGAAACAGGACCCCGAUCCACGUUGUUGUGGGAUGAACGUAUUUGAAGUGCAAUGAAUCGUAGUGCACUUUCCAUAGCUCUAAUAGGAUAGCUGAUGAGUGGAUUGGAGGCAAAAUGCCACAUUGGUACCUCGGGUGGGGGUGGACAGUUUGUUGAGAUACAGUUGCAACUACGGUGGAGAUUUGAGGGAGGGUUCUGUUUUAUUGUAAUCUCAUUCACUCAUCUUCAACACCACCCUUAAGAAGCAGAGCAGUCCAGCAGUGCUUUGCUUUCUGAAUCCACUCUAUGGCAACAUUUGACUUAAGGGGUGCUCAUUACUAAAUUGAUUGAGAUGGUGUACGUGAGCAUUGGAAUGUUCAAAACAGCUACUUUGGUGACUGAAUGUUCAGUCUCAGUAAAUUAAAUUAUUCACUUUUAAAUAUUUGCCACAGCAGGCUGCCUAAUUGUUUACUUUUGGCAAUCACGAUAUGGUCUGUUCAGCAAGAACCAGAAUUAAGACUUUUUUAAAUAAAAUAUCAGUUCUUAUAACUGCAAUUAAAAGCCCUUGAGCAUGUUUUUAUAUCAUUACUAAAGUUAUCUUUGGGACUGCUGGCUGAAGAUGCUCUUCAAAAAGUUUCCACCAUCUCCAAAGUCCUCCAGGAAAGUAACCUCCUAAAUCAAAUAAACAUAGGUAUUAAUUUCCUUACAAGACCCAAACUCCUGCAGGAAAAUAUUGUGAGCCCCAAAUCCUACCACCCCACCCUCCCCAAUGACACAAUUGCUUUUAUAAGAUAUAAUGCAAAGGUUUCUUAGGAAUGCAAAUAUCACGUUACAACAUGGCUACCUGUAAUGCCAUUAAUUUUUUUCUCGUAUGCGAGAUGUUCCCAUUGCUAAUUACUGGGCCUGUGACAAUGAGAUCUGAUUGGUUUGCAAAGGAAAAAGCCUGAUUACAUAGUCAUUUGUCACAGUUUCAAAACUGCAAGUGAUUGAAUCUUGCUUCUCCCCUACGAGGCACACAAGUCAGUGCUGUACCAUACUGAAGCUCUCCUGACUGAGAGAUUAGUAUCAAAGAUCCUGUAGCGGAGCAAGAUAGACCACUCCUUCUAAAUGCAAUGGGCUGAUGUGUAGUACGCAACAGAGCAGAACGUGGCCUUUUUUUCAUCCAUUUCAGUAACCCGACCCGACUCGCUGUGCAAUCAACGUUGCGGGGGAACAGUUUGUGUUAAUAAAUUAUAAUUCUGAAAAAUGAGAAGGUUUUUACCAAAGAACUUUUAUUUUUACGAGGAUGUUUCCAUAACCGGCUUCCAUCUCCGUACUAGUUAUCUUUGCUCCGCUAUGGGAUCUUUGGUGCGGAGACGGAAGCCGGUUACGGAAAUGGGGCCGAAAAUUACCCGUGAAUCUGCCCAUGACCGUACUACGUCUUUUUCAUCGAGUGAUCUAUCUUGCUUGCUAUAGGAUCUUUGAUUACUAUGACACUAUCACUCUGUGGCUUAUCUGUACAGACAAGAUGAAUAUAUUUCUAUUGGUUUGUCGGAGUUUAUACACUUUGUGAAUAGAGCAAUUUUUAAAGCAUUUACAGACUUCUCUGAGGGACCUGCUUUGUACGUCUUUGAAAAUAGUUUGCAAAUCUCUUAACCUUUUCAAAAUAAAUGAACAAGGACAUUCGUUGGGUUUUUGUACCAUCAUAGUUUAUGCAAGGAUUGCAAUGUAUAUAUCACUUUAUAUCAUUAUUACAUAAUCUGAAUCAUCAGUGUAUGAGUAUUAUUGAAAAGGCAAAAAAACCCCAGCAUACAUUGAUAAUUCCUUAGGGGGGAUCGCUUAAAGUAUCCCUUGUUGAAAUGUGCUAGUGGUCUAAAAUCUAUUCUUUGUUGUUGCGUAAAGUAGAAUUCAUAGCAAUGAAUUAGAAACAUAGAAACUAGGUGCAGGAGGAGGCCAUUCGGCCCUUCGAGCCAGCACCGCCUGUUUACUGAUUGAAAAUGAACUAUAGGAAAAACUUGCUCCAAAUCUCCUGCAUCGAUCAUCAGGGCCACCUGUAUUUGGUCAACUAAAAAAAACAAGUGAAUUGCUCCCCACAAUGGCUGGUUCUAAUAUGCAAAGUAACUACAGGAACCAAACACAUGUUUGCAUAGUGAGUGAGUUUCGACUAUUCCAAGAGCCAUCAUACUCAACUGGUCCAGAAAAUUUUGAAGAAAAAGGGUCUGCAUUGAAACUCAACGGAAACUGACAAAGUGCACCGUGCUUACAUUGAAUCCUGAAUUCUGUGGAUUCUGGUCUUACUGCAUCAAGCAGAGCAGUUGUGAUCAAUGGAGGGACAUCAAUUACUUUUCUUUAACGUUGAUAGGGCUGUGACAAUGGUUUAUAUGCAAGUCAAAUGCCUGUUGACGAAUCGUUCCCUGCAUCCUCCAUCAUUACACAACUGUGCCACGUCCAUACCUUGUAUAGGAAACUGAUGAAGUGCUUUUGUUCAAACAUGUUAAUAUGCAUUAUUUUUUAUUAGCUUGUAUUGCCUAUUUUCUUGCUUGUGAUGCAAUUCCACGUGUCCAUCUGCAAAAGGGUGAAUGUGAAAAGAGCGGAUUUUCGGGGGGGUGAAGUCUAUCGUAAUAAUUGAGUGAUUCUCUCCACCGAAGCCCCGUCACGCAUUCCGUUGGGUACAAUGUGUUUGGAACGCAGUGUUUCAACCUAAGAAAAAGGUGUGUUUUUUUAAAACUGCAGUUACUGUUUGAUUGGAAAAUCAAAUGAAGAACUCGCAGGCCUAGUAAAACCAGAAGUCACUGCUGUGGAUCCAUGAAUGACUACUUCAUGCCCUCAGCAGAGAGCUUGCAGUGUACCUGUAAAUUAGAAUGUACAAACCAUUUCUGUAAGGGAAGGAAAACUCCAUUCACAAAAUUUGUUUACAAGCCUGUGGUUUGUCAGUGCGAAGGACGUCACCAGAUCGAUCAGGCUAGUUGUCCCUCAUUGCUGACAAUACUGCACACUUGCCCACCAAGACAUGUUUCAGAUCCACUGUAGCAGUUUUGAUGUGGGGGGCUGGGGGUAUAACUGACAGACACAGCAAUUGCUUGAGCCUAAAUUUUCACCCAGCCAGCUUUCCGUGUCGUUAGCAGUAGAACAAGGCAAUUAUUCCCAGUGAAAGUAAGCAGAGCGGGUUUUUGUGGGUGUGGGGGACAGGGGAGCGAGCGGUGGGAAAUCAAGAGAAAGUUGCACGUACUUGUGCUUUCGUAAAGGAAACGGAGUCAGGAGGAGCACGUUAAAUGACAUGGAUGACUGUUAAGGAUAAAUGAAUUUCUCCUGUUCAUGCUUCACGACUUAUGAUUCAUGCUACCUAUAGCGGUGAAAUGCUUGAACUACCUUUUGCCAUGCACUACCUAGUAACUAAUAAUGGCCCUUUCUCCUUCAAUCACCAAAGGGUCUGCACUUUGUAGCACCAAGAAAGUGUUUUGUAACAGACUUUUUUUCUUUCUAAAUAUGUUAUUCCAGCUGACGCUGUAUGUAAUUUUUGUGUGAUUUUAAUUUAGGAAAUCCUAUGCAUGUAGAAUGAUUUUAUUUGCAUAUUGAAUGGGUGAAAUAAAACAGUGACUUAAUGUUAGUUGUUACCGUGUUUUGCUUGGAACUCCAAUUUUUGAGGUGUGAGCGCAGGGGGAC